CAUCGCAGAGUCUCUGGAUGGAAAAACCAGUGUGGUGCUUCCAACACUCAUAGAAUGUAACCACAUGCCAGACGACCGGUCCGAGAUCCCAACUCCCGAGGUCGCACGACACCAUAACCACUUGAGGUCCAUCGCUCACAUGAUCCCACGUCUGGACCCUGAAGCCCAGAUACUAAUACUUCUUGGACGCGACGUCCUUCAGGUCCAUAAAGUCAGAGAGCAGCGUAACGGUCCUCAUAGUGCCCCCUUCGCCCAACGACUGGAUCUUGGCUGGGUUGUCGUAGGAGAUGUGUGUCUCGGGUCAGCCCACAAAGCGGCAGCUGUGAUUUCCUACCGUACCAGUGUGCUUGAAAAUGGAAGACCAUCUCUCCUCACUCCAUGUCCCAACCAGCUUCAAGUCAAGGAAAGGUUCAGCUCCAAAGUACACAAUGCAACUUCUUCUAGCAGCCUUAAAUUCAACAUCCCUGUCCUCGAUGACAGCAACUUGGGCAACACGAUCUUCCAAAGCACUAAGGAUGAUGAUCAAGUAGGACUUUCCAUCGAGGACCGAAUGUUCCUGGAUUUCAUGGACAGAGAGAUGACAAUGGAUGACACCAACAGCUGGGUGGCACCGCUUCCAUUCAGAUCUCCCCGUCAAAGACUCCCGAACAAUAGAGAACAAGUACUCAGCAGACUUACCACUCUUCGUCACACCUUUGAAAGAAAGCCAAAGAUGAAGGAUGACUUCUUUGCCUUCAUGCAGAACAUCUUCGAUCGCAACCAUGCUGAGUUGGCACCGCCACUAGAGGAAGGAGAAGGAACUUCCUGAUGUUGCCUGACAGCACGACAUCAGCUGACAACUACUGGGGACGCCUCCCAGGAAUGAGUGGAAGACGGGGACUGCUCCAACUGUCCUAGCGCUGGCUGACUGAGGUGUGUCCGUGUGUCCUGCCACCCAAACCGCCAAAGUGUAUGAUCACCAAUUAGACGACUCAUAAUAGGAGCCUUUUGACUCUUAUAUAUGGUGGGACUCAAGGUAUGGCCGCUCAUGUGAACUAUCCUUACAACAAUUAGAAUGGUAUAAGAUGGACAACUAAUGUCCCACAUUGUUCCCUCUGUCCUGCCUACGAAACAAAAAAAAUUUAGGUCAAAUGAUAAAACAGGGCGUAGCUGCCGCUGAUUGAACCGAUACGCAAAUCAAUUAUUUCGGUUGUCUGUUAAAAACAUAGCUAUUGGUUGCAAUUUGGACAUUUCUGCUGUAGGCUACAAAGAGUGACAAAGGGGGGAGGAAUUAUGAUUUAUGAAAGGGAAAACAUUAAAAGUAGAUCAAUUUGAGUAUGUUGAAAUUAAAAUCACAUUUUCCUCAGAAAUGUAUUUCAAGGUAAUUGUAGUAUACCGACCGACCACAGCUAAAGACAUUUUUCUUGAUUCAUUUUCAGACAUCCUCAAACAGCAUAGUAUGACAGAAGUAACGUCAUGGAGGACGUUAAUCUGGACUGGUUAAAUAAGACGCGUAGAAAGAAACUUAAGGAUAUUAUAAACGGCUUCUAUAUGAUACAAAUGAAAGCAGCCCUACUACAAUUACAAUUGGAUGACAAAAAUUAAAGAGAACAUCUGUAAAUACACGAAUACAAAACCAGAAAGAAGAGUGUUAAAAUAAAAAUACCAUUGGAUUCUAAUAAAGACAUGAGGACUCAGCUCUCAUAAGAGCAAUUAAAAAACAGGUCUAAAGACAGAUCGUAUGAUUUAAAAGUUUGGAGGAACAAAAGUUACAAUGUUUAUGCGGAAGUCUAAGGCUGACUUUCACUUAGAAUUAAUUAAAGCUGCAAAAAGGAACAAUAGAGAGUUAUGGAAAAAAACAGAAAAAAAACUAGAUACAAACUUACGGAAAGAGCAAACAAGAAACAACACUAUAACAUUAAAUAUCAAUGGCGCUACAAUCGCAGACAGUCUGGACAUAAGUAAUCAUUUUAAUGAACAUUUCAUCAGUCUGUACAAACCCUGAAUAAAAAUCCCUCAAAAUCAGUGCAAAUAAUUGUCAUUUAUUCAGGAUGGACUAAUUUUAGAAUUAACAAAUGAAACAAAGUUAAACAAAAUCUUCGCUGCAUUAUCAGACUCACGAUCUAGAGAUAUAUAUAUACGGGUUGGACACUAUCUUCCUAAAAACAUAUAAGGAUUGUAUUAACAACGAUUGAUAAAUAAAUCAAUAACGGAAAACACUUUCCCUACCACGUCGAGAAACUGCUACUAUGAUUAAAUCCAUAAAGCAGGAAAUAAAGAAGACCAGAAUAUGUACAGACCAAUUAGCCUUCUCCACGUUAUAACAAAAGGAAUAGAAAAUUUGAAAUUAAAAAGUGGCUUUGGAGCAAUCAAGGCUGCUCACUCGGUCACUAAGAGGGGCAUUAUGUUGACACAUCAAUUUAAUGAGUAUUAUAUUUAUCCAUGAGAGCAUUUUUGUUGUAAAUUGUGAGGUAUGGCUGUUAAAAUCUUGGUUGUUUUUACGAAUGAUGACAGAUGUGAACAAGAGCAUGUAUGGUCUUUGUGUGAUGAUGUCAAUAAGGUGUGCUUGUAUUGUAUGGUAAGUAUGUGUCCAUGAAGGGGCAUUUGGUGACUUUUCUUAUAAUUGAAUACAUGCUACAGUAUGAUUAUUUUUGAUUAAUUAUUGAUUAUUAUGAAUAUAUAUUUAUUAUGAUUAAUUAGUGUCAUAAUUUUAUUGCUUGAUUUUUGGAUCCCUUUAAUUUAGGUAGCCAGGGACUACAGAUGGAAAGUAGCUAUUUAGAUAUAAUCUAGUACAGAACAUAUCUGUUUCUGAACUUAAUGUUUCUGUGCAUUGUCCCAUCAUAGAUAGACUAAAUUAAAUACAACUAUUUAGUGAAUUAUUGAGGCCACAAUAAUUCACUAGGUGUUGUAAAAUAUCAAAGUACUAUUGCAAAAGCGAACAUUGACCUCAAACAUGACCUGUCCUCCGCCUCUGUUCUUGCUGCACUUGACUAUGAGCUGUCUUUUCUUUUUCUUGGAUGUUUCUGAAACUACUACUACUACUAUUACUAUUACUACGACUAACACUGUCCCUGUGAGAGGGACAGAGGGGGAGGUGAGUUUGGAUUGGGUCAAGUUUGAGCGUGUUGAGGUUUUAUUAAAUCGAUAUGAUCAAUCCGGUACAAGGAUAAAGGAACGUAAUGAUUUAGAUUGACAAUUGCAGUGGUUGGCGAAAGCAACCCCAACCUCAAAGGAGGGUGCCAAUUCAGUAAUUAAAUGUUUUGUGAAUGAUCUAAUAUCCCGACAUGGUUUCCCCAAAAAGAUUAGGUCAAACAACGGCACCUAUUUUAAGAAAACAGGUUAAUCUUCUUCAGUCACAAGAUCAGCACUUCUCAGGACCAGCAGCUUCCUAGGAAGGUGGAAAGACCAUGAGACCAAAAUGGUAAGUUUGCAAAAUGUAGAAUUUGUGUGCCAGUUCCUCUGUGCAGAUUUGAGGAUGAAAGCAGCCACUCCAGAUUCCCUUACACUCGCUAAGAGGGGCACGGUCAAAGCCGAUCCAGGACCAACACCCGAUACCUGACUGGAAGGAACCGAGAGGAGAGACAACACCUUGCCAGCGAUGACGAGAACAACUAACGUAGCCAGGAACGAUGCGUCCAUCGGGACUCCAGCAGCCCUGGAAGGAGGUGUCGGGAGUGCCGAAGCGGCGAGGAGGCGUUGAAGCAAGCCGAGGGCCUGGACCAAAGCCCCAACGCCCCAUACUUUGCCCCGCCUUCCCCAAAGCCCCAUACUUUUCCCCAAUUUCGGCCAGCACGGACAUGCCAUUAAACAGUCUGCCCAAUGGACUGAACCACACCCCAAGAACAGACAGAGACAGACUGUUUGAGUGGAUCUCUUUCUUCACCAAGGCAGCCAAAAGCCCAACGAGGUGUCGGCAGGCCACCAGCCUGAGGCACCACUGAGCCAUCCAUACGAGCACUAAUCGAACAUGGACUCAUACGAAAUUCAGUUGUGUGUACAAAAUCAAUUGGUAACUACAUUCAUUCUUUAUUAAUUCUAAACCAGAUCUUGUUUGAUUCAUUAUUAAUGUGAAAAUACAUCUUGAAUAAGCAUAUAUAUAUUCAUCUAAUUAUGUUCAUGAUCAAAGUAUUUUGGUAUUACGUUACUAACUCAAAGGGUAGGCCACUAAUUGUGUUCUGUGAGAUGGUUUUACUGCAGGCUGGUAACAGCGAUCGCUCUGAAGGAGGGUCAUAGACGGAAUUUUUGCCUUGUAUAAAAACAUUGAGGUUUUUGCCUCUAUCUGCGGUAGAGAUUUAAUUUAGUGGUCUAUAUCAGAAAUUGUUUUGGUCCAGGGUCUUAAGACCCUGGAAGGCGGGUAUGUAGUAGAAUUUCUGACCUUUGACCUAUAGUUCAUGUCUGUCAAAAAUGUAUGCUCAUUUUGAUUUCUCUUCCUCUUCUGUGGGACAAAAGUGAACUUUAAGUCAUGCCAACCUGUCUAGUGAAUGUGUUGACUGUCUAAAAGAUUCGAGUUGUUAUGGAACAGAUAGGGAAAACAAAAUAAGACAUUGACGCACUAACAAGAGAGAUAAGAAAGGGAUAAAGCCAAACGAAGAGAGUGUUUUGAGCACCAUCUUCUUUUUCAUGGUGACGGGCGCGCCCGGGGGGGAAACUUUCUGUGUGCUAGACAACUCAACCCAACCAUUGUACCAUUUGAU